UAUGCUGCUGAGCUGUUCCUUGGAGAUGGGUCUGAACUCGCACGCUGCCUAUCUUUCUGUCCCAUGGACCAGCUACCUGUUUCUCCUGACAGCUGAAUACUCCAGGGUGAACCCUACAAUUAUUCUCACAGGACCACAAGGGUCCUUGAUAUCAGCCCAGAUGAGCUCCAAAACCAUUCAGGUCCCUGAGAAUGAGGGCGUUGAAAUACCUUGUGAUGCAUACGUCUCACAAACCGGACCACCCAGAGUGGAGUGGAAGUUUGAAAAGGGUUCUUCAACUGUGCUGUUCUAUUAUGAUGCCAAAUUUACAGACCCCUACAAAGACCGUUGUCAGUACACACCCACGGGGAUUCGUUUCAUUUCGGUGACUCGGAAGGACACAGGGAAGUACAUCUGCGAGGUCCUCGUGGGCUCUGGUCAGCUAAGCAAGUCAGAAAUUGACCUCAUCGUCCAAGUGCCUCCCUCCACACCUGUUGCCAAGGUGCCCACCGCCGUGACCAUCGGCAACAAAGCUGUGCUGACAUGCAUGGAAACAGAUGGCUCUCCACCCCCUACCUUCGAGUGGUACAGGAACAACAUCCUGAUGCCUUCCAAUCCCAAGUUGAGUCCAAACUUCAAGAACUCCUCCUACACGAUUGACCCCAAGACAGGAGUGCUGACGAUUGAGCCUGUCACCAGCUUCGACACUGGCGAUUAUUAUUGUGAGGCUAAGAACGGCAUCGGGGCGGCUCAGAAAUCGGAAGCCAUCCAUCUGGAAGCCACUGAAGUCAACGUGGGCGGCAUUGUGGCGGCUGUGGUCGUGCUGGUGAUUGUGCUGGCGCUGAUCGCCUUCGGCGUCUGGUUCGCCUACAGCCGUGGCUAUUUCAACAAGAGAAGAGGUGGCACCAACAAGCCGGUUAUCUACAGCCAGCCCUCCAACCGGAGCGACGGCGAAUUCAAACAGACCUCGUCCUUCCUCGUGUGACAUUAACCCUGGAUUGGUUCCACCCUCUCCUGCCAACGCCCUGCCCUUUGCCCCAUGAACUGCUGUAAAUGUUCUGUGUGAAUUACUGUAACUCACUGCAAUUUUAACUAUUUUUUUAAAGUUACACCUAGUGCCUUUUUAGUCCCGUUCUAGACUCUCCCUGUUCUGUAGAGCCGUGGGGCUGGACUCUUGCCUGCUGUGCUGCAGGUGACUUUGCAUAAACCGAUCUUAUUUUCCUAAGAGCGACAGACCCGCCUUGCAGCCUGGUUUCGCCAGGAGGGUGAAAUGCAGCCCAUGCAGUGGGUCACCUUAAAGCCUUUGCAGCACUGUCGAGGCGCCUAAGCCUGGGGAUGGGCUCUAUGCGGCCAGAAGUGGCAGCCCAAAGGAGCCUGGGUUAUGCUAAAGCACUGAACCGAAGAAGUUCUGUGGCUGUAGAAAUGUUGUGGUCCCACCCCCCAAUAACCACUGUACUAGUGUCGGGAGUGUCAUCUUCAUGGUGCCCCAGAGCAGGAAGUGAAUGUUGAGAAGGGCUUAGGCCAGGGGUGGGGAACCUACGGCCUAGGAAUUGGGUGUGGCCCCCCAGCUUGCCUGGGUCUGGCCCCCGAACCUCAGGGGCUGGAGCACACACAAUCUACUAGCCAGAACAACCCCCUAGCCCCCCAAGUCGCUGGUGUCUGCAGGGAAUGUGGAGAAUGUCUUUUUCUUCAGUUGGGGGCUGCCUCACUUUACUCCCCGACUUGCUUCUCACUUGUGUGUGGUCCCCGACUGAUUUUUUUCUGUGGAUCAGCGGCCCCCCGACCCGAAAAAGUUCCUCACCCUGGCUUAGGGACAUUGCGAUGAGGGGCCAGGGGCCAUGCUCAUCUCUCCCUGGGCUUCUGGUUUGGUUGUGAGGCACCAGAGAGAAAAUCCAGUCCAGGAGCAAGGAGGCGCUUCUUCCCCGUGAUACCAGGCUCCACUUGAACUCCAUUUCUGCACGCUGAGGGGGAGGGCCAGGAGAGCCGUCCAGUGCGGUUGGACCAAACCUCAGUUGAAACCAGGUCUGCUGGGGUGGCGCGGAGAUGGAGUUCACACCCGGCCUUGGGCCGUCUCCCAAAGGGGGGGCAGGCUCCUGCUGUUCAGUGUUAUGGGUUGGAUUUAUCUGCCUCGAGGGGGAAGCUCAGGGCCCUCCCUCAAGGCAGGAACGCUCAGCGGCGCGGGGUUGUGUUGCCUUGUGCUGCUCUCUCCUCCCCUCCCGCCCCCAUGCUCCCGAACUCUGGCUGGUGGCUGCUCACGCUUGGGAAGGAAGCUGCCAUCCGCAUUGACAUUGUUACUGAUUCUUGGGCAACACUUUGCAUGGAAGAGGCUCUAAGGGACCAAUGGCUGUUCAGCCACUGCCUGGGUUAGGGCGGGGCUGCAUGUCGGGGCCUUGCUAGUCCCAUUCACCUUAAGCCCCUGUUACGCUGCUGUGUGGUGUGAAGGGCCUUAGUGCAAAGGCGACUGACUUGUAGGGCUGCAGCCAGCAGGUGUGUGGCUAGACCCCUGAGCACUCAGCCUUUACAAUGCCUCCCCUAAGCACUGCCCUGGCCAGCACCCAUGUCAGGGGGACCAAACGUCCUGAGAAUAUUAGGAUUUGUCCCGGUAUUAGGGAUUUUGUCUUCUAUAUGCAGCUUCCUGCCCCGCCCCACAAGCUGUCCUGAUUAUUCCACUCCCUGGUCACCCCAACCUCGGAAUGAAUGGCAGAGCGCCCCCCGUCGGGACUCCUUGAGAAAUGCCUGUAGGGAGUGAGCCUGGUGCGGUGGAUCCGGAGCUGCCGCCUGCAGGGAGCAGGAAAGGGGCCGCUGCCAGGCUGUGGCCGACGGUGCCUCGUCCAUGGACUCUGUGGUGGUUUCUCACGGGGCUGCAGAGACCGGAUCCAUUUGCAGGACUAACGGAGGCUGGAAUCCAACCCUGCUGUUUGUUGGGUCACAGUGCGCAGCAGCCACCCUGGCGAGUGCCCUGCAGCAGGCUGCCCUGCGAGCAGAGGUGGGAGGGCCACCUCUCCAACAUCUGGACAGAUGUAACUGUGACAGCUGCUUUUUAUGACAGCUCAGCAAGAGAAACCUCACCAGCCCUUGACUGUAAAGCCGGAGACACUGUCAUAGUCACUUUUGAAACUGCUUUAACACUGGUGUAAUUUUAUCUAUUUGGACCUGGAAAUAAACCCUUUGGUUGAG